UGAUGGGGAGCUAAUUUGCUUUCCAACCAUUACUGGAUAUUUGAAGGGUGAAUAAACCUGAAAUCAAAGUCCAACAAAUUAGUCUCGACCAAAAUCUCAAACGAUCAUAAUCGAGUUUCAUUCUCUCCCAGUGCAGCAGCUUCAGAUGUACACAGCAACACAGUGUUCGACUUUUCUGUUUUGACUUUAAUUACGGUAAAACCUUAAAAUGGCAGCAGCAAGUUGUUUUAAGUAGGUCACCAGUUGAAGUGCUCACUGUUUCUGAACAUCAGAAAGUGUCUACUUGUCGCCGGAAAAUCUAACCUUUCUUGCUUCCUUGAUUGGAACUCACUGCAUCUUACGUCAACCCAACCAGAAUCUAAUGGGGCCUAGAUGGAAAGGAAAGGGCUUCAAGGCUAAAGCACUAGCAGACCCCAUGUCAAAGAUAGUACUGAAGCUUCAGUCUUCUCUAAAUCAAUCAAACUGUGAAGGGUUGCUAUGUGGGAGUAGUGUGCUUCUCUCAGUGGAAGCAGAACAAGCUGAUCUCCUCAACCGUUCGUGCUUCGGCGUAGCCAUGGUUACUGCUGAGAAGGAUAAGCAGUGGUUUGAGUUGAGUUUGGAAGAGGGCUUUUAUCUGAGCUAUGCUCUAAGAUGCCUCAGGAUAGUUGAAGAUAAAUGUGUGAAGAGUGAGGAGCAGCUAUGGGAGUGUAUGAAGUCUAGGAAUGCAUUGUUUUCCUAUUAUUAUAAGGCGUAUUGUCAUCUUAGGAUGAAGAAUUGGGUUGUUAUGUCGGGGAUUACAUAUGGUGCGGACUUUGUUGCUUACCGUCAUCAUCCAGAGUUGGUACAUUCUGAAUAUGCAGUGAUUGUGUCCUCGGAGGAGGGUGGUGCAAGUAAUCGAUUGAGGGUGUGGUCUGAUGUGCAUUGCGCUACUCGGCUUUGUGGAGGUGUGGCAAAGACAUUACUGGUUCUUGAUAUCAGCAGAAAUGGUCAUGGUGCAGACUCUCCAUCGUGUUUGGAGAUGUAUACUAUCAGGGAGCGCACAAUCACAAGAUGGAGUCCAGAACAGUGCCGCGAGGAUCAUACAAUGGUUGAAAGUGAAAAUGGAGCCAAGGAAGAGAUUUAGUACUUUUUGAUUGCUGCUAUCAAGUUAGAGGUAUGCCUUCCUAUUCGGCUUGAAUGAGCAAUUAUUUGUUUGUUUUAAAAAAAAAAUUGCUAUCAAUAUAUUGCUGCUCAGGAUUUAGUUAUCCUAAUUCGUAAAUCGUAAUCA